AAAUUGGGGAGCAGCAGAUUAGCGCGCUCUCGCGUUGACGUCAGACAGCCGGAGCCAACAGAAGCUCCAGGGAGGUUGUACGCGUUCAACGGACACAUAUUAUCGCGAAUAAGUCGAGUGGAAAACAUUGACAGGAUUCGGCCAAUUGAAGUCGGGGCCCCGGCCAUUUCAUGAUACGAUCAUGCACGAUUGGACACCGAACUUUCUCAAGCGAUAUCGAGUGAUUAAAACUAAAUUGCUUUAAACUAAUCGAUGAUCGAUUGUAUUCUCUUUUUAUUUAUCUAUCAAAAUAGAAAAAGAAAAAAAAGAGAAAAAUAGACGUGUUCUAAUUAGCAAGCAUAAUGACGAGCGAGAGAUUGGAUUUGGAUAAGCCACUUUGGGAUCAAAGUACCUUUGCAGGUAGAUGGAAACAUUUUGCAUGGGUUACGGAUUUUCGGACUUGCAUCGUACCCGAAGAACAAAUAAUUAUUGCUAAGAAAUUAUGCGAAGAUUACAGACUUGGAAAUGAGCCAGCUGGUACUACGAAAGAAGAAAUCAUCUAUGCCAAGAAACUUUACGAGUCGGCCUAUCACCCAGACACUGGUGAUAUACAAAAUGUCUUUGGUAGAAUGUCCUUCCAGGUGCCAGGUGGUAUGGCCGUGACCGGUGCCAUGCUCCAAUUCUAUAAAACAACCACGGCUGUAGUUUUUUGGCAAUGGGUCAAUCAAUCAUUUAACGCACUUGUCAAUUAUACCAAUAGAAAUGCAAACAGUCCAGUGACAACACGUCAAUUGGGUAUGGCUUAUAUGAGUGCCACAGCAGCAGCAAUGAUAACAGCGAUAGGAUGCAAAUCAUUUUGGGAGAAAAGAGCAAAUCCUUUAAUGGCAAGGUACGUGCCAUUCGCUGCGGUGGCUGCUGCUAAUUGUGCGAAUAUACCGCUAAUGAGACAAAAUGAGAUACUCCAUGGCAUCGAAGUUACCGAUGAAAAUGGUCGAAAACUUAGUAAAUCCAAGAUCGCUGCUGCGAAGGGCAUCAGUCAAGUUGUUAUCUCGAGAAUCAUUAUGUGUGCACCUGGCAUGUUGAUUCUUCCACCCAUAAUGGAAAGAUUAGAAAAAUACGCAUGGAUGCAAAAAAUUAAACUGUUACAUGCACCCAUACAGGUCAUGAUGGUUGGAUGCUUCUUAACGUUCAUGGUGCCGACUGCUUGUGCGUUGUUCCCGCAAAAUUGUUCGAUCGCAGUCAGUACUUUACAACGAUGGGAACCGGAAAGUUACGAACUUUUAUUGAAGAAUUGCGAAGGAAAAGAUAUACCUAAGUAUCUUUAUUUCAACAAGGGAUUAUAAUACGCUCAAAGAUUCACACCAAAAACGAAUAAUAAUAAUAAUGACGUCUUGUUGUUUAAGUUCCUCGUGAGAAACUUGUUAGAACUAAGUUUGAUCUAAUAAUCUCAAUAGAAUUGUGAAUUAUUGAGAUUGAUAUCAAUGAUAGAGAUGAUAGCGAUGAUAAUAAGUAUAAUAAUAAUUUAUAUUCUAGGUAUUACGGUGCUAUUUGUUGUACAUUCAAAUAAUUUUUUUAUUAUUUUUGUUUAUAUUGUUUGUUUGUUUGUUUUUUUUUUUUUUUUCUAAUUGUCUAUACGUUUAUAUACAUGAAGUUAGCUCAUGUAGAUGAAUUAAUCAAACAUUUCUCAGAUUACAUUUACAAAUAUUAUAUAGAAACAUUUUCGUUGAAAAGGCAAGCAAUCGUCUGGUAGGAUGAAGCAAGCAGUAAUAAGAAUAAACAGUGACAAUAAAUAAACUGGUGCUUUGUGCUAUAGGAAGACAUUAUCUUUUUGUCUUUCAUAUGCUAUAUUAAUGCGUAAACGAAGGGUAAGAGGGACAACACAAAGAGGAAACAAAAUCAUUUAAUUAGCAAUAAAUAAGUGCUAAUUAGCACUUUUAAAUGAUUAUCAAUAAUUUGACAUAUCUUUUUGUUCUUACGUUUCAUAUCUCAGGCAAUGAUACUUAUUAUUCGAGCUAUUCAUUUACCAAAGUACUUAACUCCACGAAAUAAAAAGUAAAAAGCAUUUAUAAUUCAAUGCAUGCGUGGAAAUUUUUCUUCUACAAUAUUUGUAUAUUCA